UGAGCAUGUGCAUGAACUCAGCCCUUGGCUCUGUGUAAAGGCGAUUCCAGACUCAUACCCACAACGAAUGUUCUUCCAGGCAGGACCGCAGUGAGAGGCCGGCACAGCACAGCAAGAGCUGGAGGAAAGUCACUGAGGUCACAGGACGUGAGGGCAUGAGCACCAUUCACUCUCUACCUGAACAGCUUCUGCUCAAAGUCUUCUCCUACGUCUCUCUCCAAGAGUUGGCUGUGGGCUGCAGACCAGUGUCGCGCCAGUGGAAAGAGCUGGUGGACGACAGAUUCCAGUCGGGAGGAAUGUCCGAGGGCUUGGCGGACUGGGGGGAGGGGGCACUGGCUGAGCCUGUGAGGCAGAACCUGAUCAAAAAUCCGUGUGGAGAAGAUGGAUUGGAUUUCUGGGAGCUGAUGGAGAAUGGCGGCAGCGGGUGGAAAGUUGAAGAGCUCCCGGGAGACAAUGGGAAAGCUUUCCCUAACGAAAACAUCCAGAAAUAUUUUGUUACGUCUUUUGAAUGGUGCCAAAAGUCCCAGCUGAUUAACCUGGUGUCCGAGGGGUGGCAGGAGGAGAUGGUAGACAACACUCAGCCUCCCAUCGUGGUCAGGGACUGGUACGCUGGUAGGCACGACUCAGGCUGCGAGUACGAGCUCCACGUGGAGCUGCUGUCUGAAGACCUCAGUGUGUUGGAGGAGUUCAAGUCGGACACAGUUCAGGUUCCGCAGUGGGGUGACGCUGAGUGGACAGAGAUAUCGCACACGUUCACAGAUUACGGGCCGGGAGUUCGUUACGUCAGGUUCUCACACCGAGGGAAGGAUGCCCAAUACUGGGACGGCUGGUUCGGGGCCAGAGUCACUCACAGCAGCAUCACCGUGGGCCACUGAGGCUCCAUCAGGAGAUCAAACACCUUCUUUCGCCAACCCUCAGAUUGCUUGCUGGACCCAGGCGGAAUAUUCCAGCAAAUGCCAAAGAGCCCGACUCACAGCGACUAGACCUGUUCUCGUGUUUUGGGGAGUCACAAAAUAUGCAACGGAGAUAUCCUCUCCCCACACUCCGCCCCCCCCCCCC